AUGUCUGGGAAUACCCCUCGAAACUAUGGUCAGUUGAUCCAGGCAUACGUAUCUUUUAUUCAUGCCAAGCUUCGUUUUCAUCGUGUGCACAAGGAGUUUAAUGGACUCUUUGAAUAUGAGGAAUAUGUGUCGCUAAAGAACAUUGACAAUCCCGAUGAGGGCUAUGAAACGAUUAUUGAGCUAAUGAACUUGCAAGACCGCAUUGAAAAGUUCCAGCACCUUGUGUUUUCAACGCUCCGCGGUCGUGCGAAUGAGUGCCAGAUUUCUUCGCUCGUCCCGCUUGUCAAAGAAUCUUAUGGCAUCUACAAGUUCUUGACGUCGAUGCUCCGUGCCAUGCACCGACGCACCGACGCAAUGGACGCUUUGGAGCCCCUACGCGGUCGCUACCAGCAUCAGCACUAUGAGCUACGUCGCUUCUACUUUGAAUGUGCAAGUCUGAAAUAUCUCACGAGCCUGAUUAACGUGCCCAGACUAAAUGCUGAGCCGCCGAAUUUGCUCGCAACGCCGGACGCCCCCGAACUGCCGGCGCGUGAGCCAGCGCAGCAAGCACCACGUGAACCAUCGCCGCCUGCUGAACAGAGUCCAUCGCAGGCUGAAAUUGAGGAGCAGGCGCGGCUUCUUAAGGAGUUUGAAGACAAGCAGCGAUUGCUCAAAGAGCGGGAAGCUGAUGAAGCUCGGAGAAAUGAAGAGCGUGCCGCGCAGCGCGAGCGGGAGUUUGCUGAACAGCAAGCGGCUCAAGCCGAGCAGCAGCGGCUUGCACAAGAGCAACUUCUUCGUUCUCAGGAGAUGCAUCAAAUCCACGGACGUGCGGCAGAGCUGGAGCGAGAUCUUUUGUUCAUGCGGGGCCAAUACGAGCGAGACCAGCUCAUGCUGCAACAGUAUGACAUGCGUGUAAAAGCCUUGGAAAUGGAGCUAUCGGCAGCGGGCCAGAAUGUCCAUGCCCAAAUGGCCGGCAAGGACGACAUGAUUACACAGCUACAGGAGCAAGUCGAUACUUGGCGCAAGAAAUACGAGGCCUUGGCGAAACUGUACUCGCAGCUGCGCAAUGAGCAUCUGGAGUUGUUGUCCAAGUACAAGCAGGUGCAGCUCAAGGCCGGCAGUGCACAAGAGGCGAUCAACAAGAUGGAGCGAAUGGAGCGGGAUGUGAAGGCGAAGAACCUUGAAAUGUCCGACAUGAUCCGUGAGCGUGAUCGCGCGCGACUUGAGCUGGAUCGGGCACGUGGUGGCGAACGAGAAGAGGUGGAGCGUCUAAAGCGGGAGCUGCGCUUUGCUGAGGAGCGGGCAGAAGACGCUGUCCAGGCUCGCGGCACGGAAGUGUCGAGCAUCAUGUCGCGCAUGAACGCACAAAUCAGCGAGCUGGAGGAAGCCCUCGCUUCUCACAAGGCACAGCUGGAGGCCAAAGAUGCCGAGGCGCUCAUUCUCCAGGAGGGCAUGGAUUCUACGAUCCGUCAGAUGAACGACAUGCGCGUGGAUCAGGGCACGUCGGAUGAUGCUUUGAAUGCCCAGAUCGACACGAUCAUUCUCGACAACUCGAAGAAGCUCAGUGCGAUUCUUGACUCGAUCCUGCAAGCGUGCGCCGACAAGUUGGACGUUGCACUGUACGAGCUUGAGACGCCCGCGUCAACCACGAUGCAGGGCGUCACUGCGACGCCUGAGUACGUCCUCUCGCUGAUUGAAAAGGCGCAGGCGUCAGCGAAUGAAUUUGCAGCCGUUUUCUCCCUGUUUGUCGAGCAGCAGCUUGGUGACGAUCAUGUCAACGUCAUCAAGUGUGCGAAUCAGCUUGCACAGGCUGCAUCAGACUCUGUUGUGAAUGUGAAGGGUAUCCUGCGCUUCUGCAGGAAUGAAGAUGCGAUGGAGCGUCUCACGAGCGUCGCUGUUGAUGCAGGUCACGUUUUGCUGCGUUUCUUCCUGAACGUGCAGUCGUAUCGCUUGGCGAGCAUGUCCGCACAGCAGCGGAGUCAUGUCGCUAUGCAGCAGAAUGCCCAAGCCAACGAUGCUUUGGGCCGCCUGGCGGAUGGUGUCCAAGCGCUUAUAGGGCAGCGCGCACCACAGGGCGAGCUGGGCGAUAUGAUCGAGCAGGAAAUGAUGUCGGCAGCAAACACAAUCGAGCAAGCGACGCUGCGGCUUCAAGCCCUUCUCGCUCGCGAUAAGACGUCCAAUCGGUACUCAGCAACGGAACUGAAGGUCCACGACACGAUUCUGGAAGCUGCGAUGGCGAUCAUGCGCGCCAUUGGCGGUCUCAUUCGGGCAUCGACUGAGAGCCAAGAGGAAAUUGUCGCGCGGGGCCGUGGUACAAGCUCUGCACAUCAGUUCUACAAAAAGAACAACCGCUGGACGGAAGGUCUUAUCUCCGCUGCACGUGCCGUCGCAUUUGCUUCUACGAUGCUUAUUGAGACUGCGGAUGGCGUCAUUAUGAGCACGCACAGCCUUGAGCAGCUGAUUGUGGCGUCGAAUGAAGUCAGCUCCGCUACAGUGCAGCUUGUCGCUGCGUCUCGCGUCAAGAGCGAAUUUAUGUCACAAACACAGGAACGCCUUGAGCGUGCAGCGAAAGCCGUAACGGAUGCAUGUCGGUCACUUGUGAGGCAAGUGCAAAUGAUCACCGACCGCCAGAGCGGCACGGACGACCUCGACUUUUCUCGUAUGGCAACGCACGAGUUCAAGGUCCGUGAGAUGGAGCAGCAGGUCGAAGUUCUCAAGCUCGAAAAAGAACUGUCUCAAGCACGCCGUGUGCUGGGAGCUAUGCGCCGCGCUGGCUAUCAUGCGACGGAAGAGGACCAGGGCCUCAUUUAG